UUUUAAUAAUUGAUUUUGUCAAGUUCAUUGUUUACAGAAUAAACAGUCAAAGGUAAGCUAGGCAUGCACAGCAAUUUUGUGAAUAGCCAUUGUGUUUCCAGAUGUGAAAUAACAAAAGUUCUUUGUUUAAAGAAUGGACAGUUACAGGUGGAUUUGAGGGAAGGGGGUCCGGUAUAUAUACAUGUUUGCAAUGUUUCAAAAUUAAUAUUUACUAGUUUGCGUAGUUUUGCAGUAGUCUGAUUAAAAAAUGCACCACAUCAGUGAUGAUUGGACCUGAAAGCAGAAAAUAGUAGGAGUAAAAGGUAGAUGGCCUUCGGAUCAGAAAAGCACAAGAGUUUUGGGAAGAACAAGCUAGUUUUGAGGCUUCAAAGAAUCAUGAAGUUCGCCAUCAACAUGGAAGAGGGCCUUGCAGUAUAUUUAUAUUAGAUACAUCUUUAAGUCUUGGGGAGGAGGGUUUUCAACAAAUGACAUUUAGCACAAUUAUUGAUGAAUGCACAAACCAUCCGGACAUCGAUGAAAAUGUAGCUGUUAUAUUAUGUGGAAAACACACAAGAUUUCAACGCUAUUAUUCAAAUCAAUACAUGGAUAUAAAACAAUGCCUAGAUGACAUUGAAUUUGGAGGACCAACACCACUGACAGCAGCAUUCAUCUUAGCCACAGCGUGCCUAAGACGUGAAGUAGGUCAUACCAAGGGAAUAGGAGACUUUCAUGUUCACCCAAGAAUAAUACUUAUUUCGGACGGUAGACCAACUGAUUUAAGUGCUACUGAUGAAGUUGAAGAUUCAUCGGCGUAUGAAACCGAAGAGGAUAAGACUCGGAUGCUUGAUUAUACGAGAGGUAUUGGAAAUGUACAUCCUAUCUUUUGCAUCCCUGUGGGAAGUAACCUUGAUCUGGUAACUCUAGAUUUCAUGUCUGCUCAGUCCAGGGGAGGGAAGAUUGUAUAUCCCGAGGAAGCAAGACAGAUCGCAAAGUAUUCUGAAAAUAUUAAAACUGCUUCUGUGUUAUCGUUUACAAUGAAAAAUGAUGGUUUUGAUCGAGAAAUGAUUCUGACAUUGCUGGCUUGCAAAUUCCCUGAAAGAGACUUUUCAGAACUUGAUCAGAAAGAUAUAGUCGAAAUAUGCUCAAAGAAGUCACUUUAUAAAUCGUGGGAUGAUAUAUGUACAGAACUUGAUGAUGAAAUGAAUUACAUAUUCCAAGAAAGAGAUCCAGGAAUGCUUCCUUUGGGGAGUAGAGUAAAACGUGGACGUGAUUGGAAAUAUAAUAAUCAGGAUAAAAAUGGGCCAGGAACGGUUAUUGGACAUUCAGAAAAAAUUGGCUUCUUAUAUGUAGAAUGGGACACUGGCUCGAGAUACCCAUACAGAUACGGACCUAUAAUAGAUAAAUAUGAUGUAACUUUAUGUAACGAACCUAGAAUUUUGAACAAAGAACCUAUUGCUGUUGGUUCUCUCGUCAAAAAAGGCCCAGACUGGGAUUGGAGAGACCAGGAAAAGAGUACCGGGAGUAUAGGAUCAGUUUACAGACGUAAACACAAUGGAAUCGUCCUUGUGCGAUGGCAAAACGGGCAAACAACAGAAAACAGAUUUGGAUUUCGUGGGAGAUUCGAUCUACGGGUCUGCGAUCCAUUCUCAGCGGAAGCUGUUGAGUAUCUCCAAGAACAAAUCAGAAAGGCGGAACUUAGUGAGUCAUCUGUUGAACAAUCUGAAAGUUCUCCUUCAAAAGCAGCUUGUGCAUCUGAAAAUGAUGUUGAUAUUAAAUCCAGCAAGAUUUGCAAAAAUUCCAAUGCCAGACUUUUACCCUUGACAAUGCCUAAAGGGAAAUAUUUCAAAAACGACAGAUUUGAAGACAAAUUAACUGAUGUAGAAGCUGAUGAGAUGUUAGAUUCAUUAACUUUUUCUGUACCAGAUCAAUGGCUAUGGAAAGACAAACAAGGCCAAUGGAACCCGUAUCCAAGAAAAAUGAAUGAUAAAAUUCAUAGAAGUUAUAAACGAAAUCCUAAUUCUACUGUUAUUGUCACAAUCAAAGAAAAUACAUACAGGGUAGUCAUGGCGAAAUGUAUACAAAUAAACUUGACGACAAGAGAGGAAUCAGAAGUCAAAAUUGUUAAAAACUAGUAAAUAAAAAAUACAUUUCAUCGUAAUUGGUUUUUGUAUGUGUAUGCGUUUGUC